AUUUGGACAGCGCCAUGUGAUCCAGCAUGGCCAGAGCCUGGAAGCGGCUGCGCCAUGAAGUCCUUCAGGACAUCUGCGGUCAGCCACCCGUCAUCCCCCAACUGUCGCUGCUGCAACGCCCCAAGUCGGCCAUGGACCGCUUGGACGCGACCGAAGCGGCCCUGAGGGCCGGAGCCGUUAAAGGGGCCUUCGAAGAGGCGAAGCUGGCGUCACUGCUGGAUUUGAAAGGCCAACACCUCGACGCUCAGGACAUCUUGAAACGAUGUGCCGCCAUGGGAACGACCGAAGAACGUGCGGCCAUGGGCCUUUUGGAACAUUUGGUGCAUCGCCAUGUCUGUUGGCAAGAAGAGCGAGAGAAGAUUUCCAAAACCACCAGUCGAGGUGAUGAAGCGAAGCAAACAGUUAAACCAGUUGAGGUUUUAUCGGCGCAGGUGUCUCGUGAAGAGGUUUGGCGUCGAUUCAUCGAGCCGGGGAUUCCUUGCGUUCUUCGAGGUGUGCAACUUGCUCCGUUUCGCAAUCUGAGAGAUGUGACCACCACGGUCGGCAAGGUCAAGGUGCCAAUCCGCCGCUGUGAUGAAAGUUCCGCCAAUUGGGCCAGGUUGGAGUUCGAUCGGGUUGUCCAUUUCGACGAUUUCGUGACGGAAUUUAUCCAGCCUUACGAACAUGGCUUGGCCGCACCUCGAAACAGCCCACAGCUUUUUGAUUUCUCAAUCUGGCAGCAGUGUGCAGAGAGCUUGGGCAAUCAACUGUUCAUGCCAAGCAAAUGGUUCCCAGUAGAUCUGUAUACCUAUGCCUCUGCACAGAUGCAGCCAGUCAGUGGGUCUGCCUGUCCCACCCUCUUCGUGGCUCCAUGUGGGUCAGGUUCAUCUUUGCACGUCGACACCUUGCAGACCAACUUUUGGAUGUUCAUGUCCUUGGGCCGAAAGCGAUGGCGUUUAGUGAGUAAGGAUCAGAUUGCGUUGCUGCAUCCCCAGUAUUUCUGCGACCUGAAUCCGGUCUUUCCAGAAGAUUUGAACGUGGUGAAGCCCAACGUGACCAUCUACGAAACUGAAUUGGAAGCUGGAGAUCUGAUCUUUGUCCCAGCGGGGUGGCCUCACCAGGUUGAUAACCUGGAGACUUCUGUGGCAAUCAGUGCCAAUUUCAUUGACACUUCCAAUGUGCACCGGUGCAUUGAAGAAGCUGACAUUAUGGCAAGCGUCGAAGAAAAUUCGGCAUUUUGGGCCAAAGUCUUACGAACUGCGCUGCAGCAGAAGAAGCCCGAGCUGUUAGCCUCCAGCGUGAUGGACAACGAGCCACUGCGCCACUUCAAAUCCAGGCAUGGGGAGAAACGUGCGCCCUAUGAGAUUCAACGAAGGCUUCUACAAGGCCUCUCGGCGACGCUCAGCAUUGGUGGUCUGUGUAUUCUUCUUGCUUGGUAUCGAAGCACUGCCGGAGGUUCAAGUCGUCAGUCUUCUGAUUUCAGGGCAAAGACCUUGUAAGUUGCAACUUCCAAAGUUGAAGUCUGUUCGUGGAGUGGAGAUGAGUGGUGGUGUAAUGUAUAGUCUUUAUAUAUAGUCAUAGAAUGUCAUAGAGUACUAUGUACUUGUCUCAAACUGGAGGCAGUGGUUUAGCUAACAAACUUGUUGAAAUGAAGUUGUCAGUGGCAUUCUGCCAAUGGAUCAUCGGAUCUGCAGUGCCGUGAAAAAGGAUGAAA